AAAAAGGGGAUAUAAAAGGAGGAGGAGGGCUGCUGAAACGGAGGAAAAAAACGGAAAAAAGAGGCGAAAGAACAGGGAGCAGCGGCAGUGCAGUGGCGACCUCCAUCCUGCAUCGUCGUCGACCUGGACGGCUCCACAUCUUCCAAUUUUAGAUGUCUCUUGAUGUGACUCCAUCUUUUACAGUAGAAGCACAUAAUAUUAUCAUAGUGAUGUUGGCAAUGCUUCUGUCGAUGCGUGUAAUCAUUGUAAUCUUUAAUCAUCUGAGAAUCUACAUUGGUCUUGCCUUUACAAGCUUAUGUUCUAUAAUGGAGGUGUAGACGGCCUCUGCGCCUAUAAAAAACAGUACGAACUGUCAUUUUCUCCCAACCCAAUUCAUGUGGCUGCAAAAACUCCAUCAUGGAUAAGAUGCUCUGCAAGUUGGACAAGAAGAAUGGUUUCUGAGCCAUUUUUGGAUGCAGGGGACAUGGAAGCAGUGCUUGCAUUUCCCCAGCACCCUCACCCGCUCUCCCUCCGCAAAUUCCGCCAGGCAGAUCGUGCACUCUUCUUCCCGGCCGCCUCCCUCCGCCGAGAAUAUCGCCGUGGGAGCCUCGGAUCCCGGGUCCCCCUCCCCCGCCGCGGCCGCUUUGUCCCCCCGGCCGCGGCGGCGCAGCACACACCGCACGGCGGCGGUGCAAGAGAGGGCGCAGACGAGCGCGAAGACGAGAACCACCAGGAUGUAAGCGGCGUUGGUCUCGUAAUCCUUGGAGCUGGAGUACGGCCACCACGGGCAGCGGCUGCGCGGGACGCAGUCUGGCGGCGCCGCCCCUGUCGCGGCGGAUGGUGGUGCCGGAGCGUGCCGGAAACCAGCAGGUUUGUAUUCCUCGGGAGCUUCUUCUGCCAAGAGACGCAUGUUAUAUGCUAAAUUUUAUAAUGAUAUGAUUAAAUUAGAAGAAUCCAGUGACUAAUUUAACUUAGUCUAUUUAGAUGAAAGAAGAUAUAUGGUGGAUGCUAGACCCAAGUGGUGCAGCGGUUUUAUACAAAAAGAAACACUACUUCGCCUG